AUACACAUACUUUCUAGCAAUGGCUUCUGAUUUUCCAACUACUCAAUCCCCAGAGGGUCUGGUAAAUGUUGCCUUUCAAAACGUGGCAGCCUUCGAUUGGACUGCCCUUCACCUUUCUCCAUCCAAUAACGCAGUCAUUCAUUUGUCAUUUUCGAGCGAGGUAGAAUCUAAAGGUGAUGAGUAUGACCUAAAGUCACUUGGAUAUUUUCCUUCUGCACACAUUCCAGUGGAUUCUCCUCUACUUUUGCUCGCCAGGACUCACAAAUUCUCAGCUGGUUUGGGUGAUAAAUUGGAGCAUAUAACUGUGAAUUCGUCCGGAACAUUCACUCUGGACCUGGUGCUUGGGUGUGGAAAGAAUAGCGAAUUUUUACUCUCAGAUCUCUAUACUCUAACAAAAGGUGUGGCAGAAGUUCUAACCAAGUACAAGAUUUCCAAGGCUGCCUUUGUCCUAGAACAUAUGGAGAGUGAGUUCAUAGAGGGUUUACUCACCGGAACUUUUGUUAACUUGAGUGUUGAUAACAGGUUCAAGAAAGACGCCAAGCAUGAAUAUUAUCUCAAGGACGUCCUCGUAUUUCACUCUGACAAGGACGUUGAACACACUGAAGAGAGAUCCAAAGUAUUUUCAUCAGCCAUGCACCUCACAAGGGAGCUCGUUACAGCACCUCCAAAUUAUGCUAAUACAGUCUCCAUCUCAACUUUCAUCAAGAAACACUUUGAGGAACUUGGGCUGGAGGUCAAAGUCUUAGAAAAGGACGAGUGUGAGAAACUAGGAAUGGGAGCAUAUUUGGCGGUUUCACAAGGAAGCAAAUAUCCUCCAAAGUUCAUCCAUGCAACUUAUAAGGGUGAAGGUCCAAUUAAGAAGAAGAUUGCCCUCGUAGGAAAGGGUAUCAUGUUUGAUGCUGGAGGCUACAACAUGAAGAGUGCUGCCUCUGAAAUACAUUUGAUGAAAUUCGAUAUGGGCGGGAUGGCUACAGUAUUUGGAGCAGCUAAGGCCAUAGCUGGGUUGGGACCAAAGGGUUUAGAGGUUCAUUUUGUAUCUGCAACCUGUGAAAACAUGGUCGACGCAAAUUCCUACAGACCCGGUGAUAUUAUCACCGCCUCCGAUGGAAAGACCAUAGAAGUUACAAAUACUGAUGCUGAGGGUCGUCUGACUCUUGCUGAUGCAUUAUGUUAUGCUGGAAAAUUGGAUGUUGAUGUCAUUCUAGAUAUUGCUACUCUGACUGGUGCGCAAAUUAUUGCACUCGGCUACAACUAUUCUGCGUUCUUUGCAUCUAGUGAUGAACUUGCCGAAGUAUUUGCUAAAUCAGUAAAACUAUCAGGUGAACUAUCCUGGAGAAUGCCAUUAGCAAAGGAGUACAGAGAUAGUCUCAAAUCAAAAGUUGCAGAUCUUGCCAACCAUAGCCCUGAAGUAAAGGCUGGUACAAUAGGCGCUGCUCUAUUUUUGCAAGAAUUUGUAAAGAAACCCUGGGUACAUGUCGAUAUCGCCGGCCCUGCAUUCGACAAGUCAACUGGAAGGGGUACGGGAUACUUUGUUAGAACUCUGACAAAUUUCGUCCUGGAGCUCGCAAGGACAUCAUAAAUUAACUCGUUUCACUUCACUAAUUGCAGCGUGGUGCGGACUUC